AUGCUUGAAGAGCUUGAUCUGAAAGAAAUGUCAAUGGGAAAUGACUCAAACCAAGGUGAUGAAGCUAGUACCUUAACAUCUCAACAAAACAAAGGGAGAUCAUUCUAUUCCAAUUCAAGGACAGAUUCUUCUAAUAAUACUACAAUUUCUGCACCGAUUAGCAACCAUCCACAAUCAAUGAGUAGCCAAUGGAGUGGGACAACAGGUCCUGUCCAGCCGCCCAAUUCCCCAAUUUUCAAACAACGUGAACGAAACGUCUCUUCAGCUUCUGAUUCUUCCCAAGCAACUUCUUCCGAUUCUCCAUCUCAAACAUUUUUACAGCUAGUUCCAAGUACUCCUUCAACUUAUUCUAGUGGAAUAAUAACAGCAACUGGAGGGGGAGGAACUGUUCCCAUUUCUCCUGUUAGUGAAUCUUAA